CCAAGUUCUAUAGACAGUAACAGUUGAAUAUACCGUGUAGAUAGUUCUAGCUUGUUUUGGCAUAACGUAAUGACUGCUAGUGUCGACUGAACAGCAAUAGCUCUGGAAAUUUCGAACAAAAGUGCUGAAAGAGGAAUCGUAUCUCUAGCCGUGAGCGUACGAGGAUAGUUACUGUGCUGGAACCCACCUGGAAAGAGGCAAAGAGCACGUUGAGUGAAGAGAGGAGGCGCACAGGAUUAAGAUGACUUCUGUAAAACGUCCUAAAAAGAAACAGUCGUGUCGUGAUGGGGGAUCUGAAGAGGCUAAUGUGAAGCAGACCGAGUGCGAAGCCGAGCCUGAGGAGCUGGACUGGGACGGAUACAGCGCCACACUGGAGCAGAGGGUGGCCACUACGAGUGAGAGCGAGGUGCGGAGGCUGCUGCAGACACUGGAGCAAAGAGAAGAGGAGCUGAGGAAGCUUCAGGAGGAGAGAGAACAUCUGCUGGAGCUCAGCCAGCAGGCCAUCGAGGACCUCCAGAGCGAAGAGGAGAAGGUGGAGAGCCUCACCAAGCAGAGGAGCCAGCUGCAGAUGCACGCUCAAGACUUGGAGUACCAGUUGGAUGAAGAGCGUCAGCUGCGGUCAGAGCUGGAGAAGAAGCACAGGCCUGAGACUCUGAACGGACCAGGGACCAUGGAGCAGAGGAACGGGAUGGAGGAGCACGUCAAACGGAGGGAGCAGGAGAUGAGUAGCACCAGCUCCAGACUGCAGGCUGAAGAGGCCCUGAACCACAGCCUGCAGAGGAAGAGCCAGGAACAGCAGGCACGGAUCGAGGAGCUGGAGGAGGAGCUGGAGACUGAACGCACCAUGAGAGCCAAGGUGGAGAAGCAGAGGGCUGAGCUGAGCAGAGAGCUGGAGGAGCUCACAGACCGACUGGAGGAGGCCGGGGGAGUCAGUGUCUCACAAAUGGAGGUGAACAAGAAGCGGGAGGCGGAGCUAGUGCGUGUGAGGCGGGACUUGGAGGAGAGCGCGGUCCAAUCAGAGGCGGCGCUGGUGGCGGUGAAGAAGCGCCACAGUGAGGCGCUGUCCGAGCUGAGUGAGCAGUGUGCGGCCCUGCAGAGGACCAGGGCCCGGCUGGAGAAGGACAAAAUGAGCCUGAGGGAUGAGCUGGAGGAGCUGGGAGCAUCUCUGGACACACUGCACAAGACCAAGAUGCUGUCAGACUCUCAGCUGAAGAAGAUGGAGGAGCAGCUGACUGAGGCCAACAAAAGAGGAGAGGACCUGCAGAGGGCGCUGUCUGAGCUCACCGCGGCCAAGAACAGACUCACAGCUGAUAACACAGACAUGAGCCGCAGAAUGGAGGAGGCGGAGGGCCGAGCCAAUCAGAUGAGCCGAAACAAAGCUCUGCUCCAAUCACAGCUGGAGGAGCUCAGGAAGCAGCUGGACGAGGAAGUCAAGAACAAGGGCGCUCUGAGCAGUGCUCUGGCCCAGGCUCGGCAGCAGAGCGUGGGGCUGAGGGAGCAGCUGGAGGAGGAGCAGGAGAGCAGACAGGAGCUGCAGAGGCUCGUGUCCAAACUCAACACAGAGGUCACACUGUGGAGGAGCAGGCAAGAGUCAGAUGCCCUGCAGCACGCCGACGAGAUACAGGAAACCAGGAAGAAGCUGGCGCUGCGUCUGCAGGAGGCCGAGGAGGCGGUGGAGGCGACCCAGGCCAAAUGCUCCUCUCUGGAGAAGACCAAGCAGAGACUGCAGGGGGAGCUGGAGGAACUGUGUGAGGAGCUCGACAAGGCCAACGGCUGUGGGCAGGCUCUGGAUAAGAAACAGCGCCUCCUGGAGAAGCAGCUGGGCGACUACAGGCACAAGUGCGAGGAGCUGCUGUGUGAGGUGGAGAACUGUCAGAAGGAGAGCCGCCAGCACGCCACCGAGCUCUUCAAACUCAAGAGCAGCUACGAGGAGAGCCUGGAGCAGAUGGAGGCGCUCAGGAAGGAGAACAAGGCCUAUCAGGAGGAGAUAACUGAGCUGACAGACCAGCUCUCAGAUGGAGGGAAGAGCGUCCACGAGCUGCAGAAGGCCAAGAAGAAGAUGGAGAUGGAGAAGGAGGAGCUGCAGGCCUCUCUGGAGGAGUCUGAGGCUGCCCUCGAGGCAGAGGAGAGCAAAGUGCUGCGGCUACAGCUGGAGCUUUCUCAGACCAAAGCAGAUCUGGAGAGGAGGCUCCAGGAGAAAGACGAGGAGAUGGAGGCAGCCAGAAAGAGCCAGCAGAGGGCGCUGGAGUCCCUGCAGGCCAGUCUGGAUGCAGAGGUGAAAGGUCGUGUGGAGGGACAGAGGCUGAAAAAGAAGCUGGACUCUGAUCUGUCCGAGCUGGAGCUACAGAACCAACUCCUCACCACAACCAACGCCGAGCUCAGCAAGAGCAGCAAGAAAGGCCAGCAGCAGAUCAAGGACCUACAGGCCCAGCUGGAGGAGGAGGUGCGGGCCCACGAGCAGCAGCAGGAGGAGCAGGCAGCGCUGGAGAGACGGGUCACAGUGCUGCUGGGCGAGGCGGAGGAGACGCGCGCCGCCUUGGACAGUUCUGAGAGAAACCGCAAGACUCUGGAGAACCAGGUCCAAGAGGCCAACGACAAAUGCAGCCACCUCAGCACCCAGCUCCAGAAUGCCCUGAGCGUGCGGAGGAAGCUGGAGGUGGACGUCCAGACUUUGCAGCAGGAGCACGAGGAGGUCCAGGCUGAGCUGCGGGGGUCAACGGAGAAGACCAAGAAAGCUCACGCUGAGCUGUCCAGAGUGAGUGAGGAGCUGCGUGUGGAGCAGGAGCACUCUCUGCAUCUGGAGAGGGUGAAGAAGAGUCUGGAGGCCCAGAUCAAAGACCUGACCACACGGCUGGACGAAGCUGAGCAGAGCGCUUUCAAGGGGGGCAAGAAGCUCACCCAUAAACUGGAGGCCAAGAUAAAGGAGCUGGAGGCGGAGCUGGAGGCGGAGCAAGCCCGUCACUCUGACACGGUGAAGAGUCUGAGAAAGAACGAGAGGCGCCUCAAAGAGCUGCUGUUCCAGAGCGAGGAGGACCACAAGAACCAGGCCCGACUGCAGGAGCUGGUGGAGAGGCUGCAGAGCAAGAUGAAGGCCUACAAGAGACAAGUGGAGGAGGCCGAGGAGCAGGCCAACAUGAACCUGACCAAGUACAGGAAGAUGGUGCACGAGCUGGACAACGCAGAGGAGCGCGCCGACAUCGCAGAGUCCACCCUCACCAAGAUCAGAACCAAGCGCCGAGGCAGCUUCAGCAAAGGAUACUCCUCAGGCUACAGCACGCCGUACCCUGGGAUGGUUCGCUCCAACAGCUCCGUCUGCUCUGACGGACACGGAGACAAGAUCCUCAACGACGACAACGAGUCCGUCAGCUCCCUCAUCCCGGCCUAUCUCAACUCUCUGCAGAAACUCAUGAUCGACUAGAGACACCGGCCUAUCCCUACUCUCUACAGACA